AUGGACGCCUGGUCCAGUCCAUGGGGCGACGACAGUGUACAAUCGAGAGCAUCUACGUCAAAGCAUACUCCGAACGACGAUGUUGGCCCUGAUACGCUGACCAAGCCAGCCAUAGCAUCUUUCUCGUCUCUCACCUCCUAUGAUGCAUCGGAUCCAUGGUCGACGGAUGUAGCAACAACUCCGUAUGAAUCUGGUCCUUUGCCAGAUGCUGACACUGCGCUAGCCGUUCGGCAAGACUCAGCGAUCGAUGCAGAAGGAACAAGCUUCCACAGCAGCGCAUUCACAUCUGCAGCUUGGGUCGAUGCCUCUAGCGACUCGCAAAUUCCAGGGCCAAACAGUCCGAUAGCGCGCAAUUCAACUGUCCCUCAGCUACCUGCUACUGAUUCGGAUUCACGAACACCUCCUGGUCGCAAACAAUCCCUCUCAUCCUACGAUCCAUGGGCAGUCGAGUCCUCUUCUGCAGAUUGGGGGGCAGUCCGAUUUGGCUCUUCUUCUGCGCUACCGACACCGGACCUAGAAUCGCGAUCUACGGCUUGGGGAGGAGCUGACCUUGGUUCGCAUCUGCCGCAAGAUCUUGAACACCACCUCUCCUCCACACAUCUCGAUAGCACCACUUCUGAGUUGGAUGCUGACCGUACACAGGGCACUGCACCCGUUGCCGCCGAGAGUCAAGAGCAGGAUGGCACAGGCCCAAAUCUGGAUGUUUGGGCAGCCGAAGCCUCUUCCAGAGAGGAGAAGGCACGUAAAUUAGACCGAGAAGAGAUCGACAAACUCAAGGUGGAUGCUCGUAAGCUCAUCAGUAGCGUCAACUCGGACAAAGAGACACAAGCUGCCUUUGCUCAGCCCAGCAGCAGCGAAGGCGCUUGGACCGACCUCUUCGGUAGUCAAGGUUCGCAGCGCGACAAGCUGCAUCACCUUCAUUCGCCUCCCCCUUCACUCAUGGCUUCCAACGGCGCUCUGCGUUCAGACAUUCUCCAAGCCAGCUCUGCGACUGUGAACCGCGUUCGCAGCUCCAUCGCCAGCACGGAAAACCGUGGGGUCAAACUCACCUCCUUGGAUAACAACCCCAGCUGGCAGAGAGGUUCCAGACCUGUGACGAAAGCAGACUGGCUGCCAGAUCAGUCGGCAGCUGACGCAGACGGCCUUUCUUUUGCAAGUUUCAGUGCGGUCACCGGCGCAACUACCUCCGACACCACGUCAGGUCCCGGGUGGAUGCAGACUUCGAGCAACGAGGCACGAUCUGCUUCUGGACCCAGCUUCCUCGCUUCUUUCUUCAAGGGUCGUCAGGCAAGCGCAGCUAAUGCCGCUGCUGCAGCAUCUGACAGAGCUUCGAGUCCAGCCGUAUCUCAGGGACAGGAGCCAAGAAACUCGUCCUCGUCUUUCGAAGCCUCACCAAGGCUCUCUGGAAGCGCGCAAUUCGAACCGUAUCAGGAUACUGCGGGGAGCAAAUACACGGACGAUCCCACUGGACCCGACCUUAUGUCGAUCGAUACCGCCGCUGCCUCUGCACCGGUGGCGCCAGUCCAGGCUGCACCACCGACCGCACCUGCACAAGGUCCUGGCCUAUUAAGCAGAUGGAGGAACAGCGGUCUGUUCAAGCCAUCGGCGAAGAAGCAGAAUCCAAGCUGGGCAUCCGCGUCUCUACGAGGCGACGAUCUGGACUGGCUUGAGGAACAGGAGAGUUCCGAAUCCAAGACGAGUCGCUAUCACUAUGAUGAUGAUGCAGACGCCGACGACUCCUUUGCCAGCUUUCAGACCAACAGUGCCCCGCGACCGCCAUCACCCCCCGCCAGAACAGAGGCUGCACCAGCGACAAAUUCAAUGGAUCCGUUCGACAGUCUCUUUGGCCCGGCGGUUCAGACCAGUUUGCAAUCGGCUGCGAGUCCAGCAACCACAUCGUCGGCACGUUCAAGCCUGUCUGCCAGCCGCAUGAGCGGUGAAGGCGGCAUGAUGACCAUCCCCACCAAUUUGGCAAGAGCAAACAGCCUUGCGAGGAAGAGCGCUGCCUCGCCGCUACAACCUCCGCCGCAGGCACAGAACAAAAGGAUGUCCAUCCCACCACCACCGCGUAAUAAUGCUGCCUCGCCCAGACUGGCCAGUCCAGGUCCUGGAUUAGCACAGAAGCCAGCACAGUCCAACGUUGAUCCCUUCGCCGACUUUUUGGCCGAUGCAACGUCGAAGCCUGCUUCCGGCGCGAGCAGAGUCGGAUUUCCAGCGGCCGCAUCGAAAGUCAAAGCCCCGCCAGCAGCAAACAGCAAGGGAGGUGGCUUGACCGCCGACGACCUGCUCUUUUUUGACAAUCUCUGA